AUGCGCCCGCCGAGAAUCGCCAUCCUCGUCCUCUUCUUCGCCGCGACUCUCUUCCUCUUCUGCCGCUCCAUCACCUCCAUACGCCGCACGGCUCCCAUCAUAACACCGGCGACCCCUCAAAGGUCCACAUUCAGGUCCUUCUUCUCCUUCACAGCGCCGUUCACCCUCUUCCCGCCGAACGCCGCCAUCUCCCUCUUCGACGACAAUAGCACCUUCUUCCCUGCCCGACCUGCUGCGUUUGGGCCGAACCUGCCCUCCAACGGACUGAGCGGUCAGUUAUGGAUAGGCUCCGGCUUUGCCGAUGAGAACCUCGCGGAUGGCGAGGGAGAGGGCGAGCUCGGAUGCAGCGAUUUGGCCGGUUUCGAGGAAGGCUUGGCCAACCUCGAGCUAAAGACUGCUACCAACAGUUUGAGCGUGAAGUCCAAGGCCGGCGGGGUGGCGACCAAGGGGAAGAAUUCUAAGAGGGAUGGUCUUCCCACAGUUCCUGCUGUGGACCGGACAGCUGCAUUGGAUCUGCAGCCACAACAGAACUCUCGGCCGGAAGACGACGGGACCGAUGAUUAUCUACAUCAAGGCCUGAGCCCAAAGGCACCCGGGCGUGAGAUCCCGCCUUCGGGCACCAGCCAUGCAGACAUACAGUCAAUCCAAGAGACUGCCGAGAUCACCGGCAAGAUAGUCCUGCUCAGCCGUGGCGGAUGCGGAUUCCUCGAGAAGGUGAAAUGGGCACAGCGACGAGGGGCUAUCGCUCUUAUCGUCGGGGAUAAUCAGAAGGGCGGCCCUCUCAUCCAGAUGUUUGCACGUGGCGACACAUCCAAUGUCACGAUACCUGCCAUCUUUACUUCGCGGACGACUGCCCACUUGCUGUCUUCGCUGAUGCAACCUGGAAGUUUUAUCGAGGAUAUCCUCGAUGAGAAUGGCAACCCCGUGUUGAAAGUGCAACAGUCUGACAAGGUCCGCAAGAAGGGAAAGCAGCCAGCCACAGCUAUCGCGGCUCCGGCGCCGAAGAAGACCACAGUCACAGGAUCUAGCACUGGCCGCGUGGCUAAGAAGAACGCAGAGAAGCAGAGCCGCAAAGCUUUGAGGAGCAAAUCGGAGCCCAGCUGGCUAUCCAGACUCUUCACCUGGGGCAGACACUCGGGAGCUGCGGAGGAGCGAAGCAGACCUCCAAGCAGUGGGCAGCUAGACUGGGUUCUUGUAGAAGACUGGAGUGACGAAAAGGACAAAAUCAUCAAGAACAGCCUUGAAAAGGCAUCUGGAAGAGGAGGAGAGAGCCAGCGGGGCGAAGAACAAGGUUCAGGAGAUGGGUUCCAGAUCGGCGUGCAAGACUGGCGGGAUCCAGACCUCGUAGAAUCCAGCGGGUCAUCCCAGGGAAGUAAUACUGGUGUCUUUGCCAAGACCGGCGGCAACAAGGACAACAAUGGGCCAGAAGGGGGUAGUAUAACACCAGGCGGGCUCAUGUCAAAGAUCUUCGGUGACGACGACGGCGCUGACUUUUCGAACACGAGGCCGCAACCGGAUCCAAUUCAUACCCCCAUUGUGCAACAAACCCCACCGGCCGAUAAAAUCCAUGAGGGUCUUUGGAUUACUAUCACCCCGACCGGCAGCGCGACACCGUUCUUUGACACUCUGUUGGUACUCGUCAUCAGCCCCCUCAUAACCCUGUGCGUCGUCUACGCUCUUCUCCUGCUAAGAGCUCGCAUCCGCCGUCGACGUUGGAGAGCACCAAAGUCUGUUGUGGAGAGGCUCCCGGUUACCAUCACCACACAGCUCAUCCCCCACGACGCCUCUGUUGCAGGGCUCAUCACGGCCAAGGCCGAGGUCUCGGACAACUACUGGUAUUCCGGACGCGGAUGA